CUCACUCACACCCCCCCCCCACUGCCUAUUCUCCUGAUCCAUCAACAGCCAGCCCUCGUUAGACAGGCUCUAAGGGGACCCAUUGCUAUUUUGCUACUAUCACAUCAUGCCUGCCUACCACUCCAUCUUCCUCGAGGACCGGGAUGUCCCCGUAAUAGGCAAUUUCCCCGUCCUCCCCCUCCGCACCCGCACUCGCGGCCCCGCAUACACCCUCCCUCCGCUCCCGCCUAACGCCGAUACCGAAGUGCCCGCCGACAGCGAGUCUUACGACUGUGUCGACGAGAUCCUGUCGCUCUUCCGGGCCAAUGUUCUGUUCCGCAACUUCGAGAUCAAUGGCCCCGCCGACCGUAUGCUCAUCUAUGGAACGUUGUUUAUCACCGAGUGCUUGGGCAAGGUGAAGCCGACGAUGGCUGCUCGCGAUGCGGAGAAGGCUCUGAUCAAUGUUGCGCUCGAUCACUUUGCUAUCCCUGGUGACGUGGCCUUCCCUCUGAACCAGGCUUUCGAGCCCCCUCGCGACCGUCAGGAUGCCGAAACGCUCAGAUCUUAUCUGUCUCAGGUGCGACAGGAGAUCGCUAUCCGCCUGCACGCUAGAUUAUACCCCGGUGGUGUCGGUCCCUCGAAGUGGUGGCUCAGCUUCACCAAGAGAAAGUUCAUGGGAAAGAGCUUCUAAGAUAGACGUUUUAUUGCUUUGAUUUUGCGCCCAUCCAGUCAGCGUGUGACGAACCCGUAAGGACGGCGGCCGAGGUAUUGUCACUUUACUAUAUGUAUAUUUGAAUAUGAGCGUUGUGAAAGCGAAAAUCAACGUGGUUCGCUAUGGUGACGAGGUGACCAGGUAACGCCUAACCAUGGCCGUGGUCUAAGCUUGCAGCAGGGGAGGCGGGAAUAAGUGGUUUAUGUC